GAAAAAUUUCCACUAUUUAAAAUUUUUACAAAAGUGUGUGACAUUGACAUGUGAAUAAAUGUGAUUUUGACAUUUGGUUUGGUCUGUCUCUGUGGUUGCCUGCUUACUGUCGCCUGUCAGCAUAAAUUGGAAUUAACUGAAAUCGUAGUUUUAUAUCCAGCAGAGUUAAUGAGAAGAAACCACAGAAUACGAUUACAAGUCUGUACAGUUGAUGUUAAAGAUUUCCUUAAUUUGAACUCCACGGAAUAUUGAGAAUAUCACAUAACAUCGAGACCUAUUCACAUAACUUAUAAACGUCAGAAAUGGGUGACAAUUUCCAAAACAAAACUAUGGCACCGGUUAUGAUGGACUAUGAUUUUAAAGUAAAAACACAGAAUGAGAGGUCUAAAGUCGAGGAUUUAUUUGAUUACGAAGGUUGUAAGGUUGGCCGGGGCACGUACGGCCAUGUGUAUAAAGCUAGGAGGAAAGAUGGGUCGGAUACUAAGGAUUAUGCUUUAAAGCAAAUUGAGGGCACUGGACUUUCCAUGUCUGCGUGUAGAGAAAUAGCGUUACUAAGAGAGCUCAAGCACCCAAAUGUGAUAAACUUAAUACGAGUAUUUCUUUCACAUACUGAUCGUAAAGUAUGGCUGCUGUUUGACUAUGCAGAACAUGAUUUAUGGCAUAUCAUUAAGUUUCACCGUGCUGCUAAAGCUAAUAAGAAGUCAGUUAUGGUGCCAAAAGGGAUGGUGAAGAGUCUACUUUAUCAGAUAUUGGAUGGGAUACACUACUUGCAUUCGAAUUGGGUGUUGCAUCGAGACCUGAAACCAGCCAACAUCUUGGUCAUGGGAGAAGGUCCAGAGAGAGGAAGAGUGAAGAUAGCAGACAUGGGAUUUGCGAGAUUGUUCAAUGCUCCUCUGAAGCCACUAGCUGACUUGGACCCUGUGGUGGUCACUUUCUGGUACAGAGCACCUGAAUUAUUGCUUGGGGCUAGGCAUUAUACUAAAGCUAUUGAUAUCUGGGCAAUUGGUUGCAUUUUCGCCGAACUUCUAACUUCCGAGCCAAUAUUCCACUGUCGGCAGGAAGAUAUUAAAACCAGCAACCCUUACCAUCACGAUCAACUAGACAGAAUAUUCAAUGUGAUGGGCUUCCCACAGGAAAAAGACUGGGAAGAUAUUAGGAAGAUGCCUGAACACGCCACUUUAGUUAAAGAUUUUAAAAGAUCGAACUACCAAAACUGUUCCUUAAGUAAAUACAUGGACCGCCACAAGAUCAAGCCAGAUAGUAAAGCAUUCAGUUUGCUUCAAAGACUGCUACUCAUGGAUCCUAAUAGAAGGAUUACCUCGGAACAGGCUAUGCAAGACCACUACUUUACUGAGGAUCCGUUACCAACACAGGAUGUAUUCGCUGGGUGUCCCAUACCAUACCCGAAAAGAGAGUUCCUCACAGAUGAUGACCAAGACGAUAAGAGCGAUUCUAAGGCCAGGCAAAACCAGCAACAGCAACAACCUAAUACACAACAAAAUCAAGUGCAGCAGAACAGUCAUGAUCAUGGCGCCAACAAUGCUAAACGCAUGAGAAUGCAAGGGCCGAAUCAAGGCAAUAGCGGCGGCGGCGGGCAGCAGGAGUUUCAUCAACAACAGCAAAUGAUGUUCGGCGGCCAGCAGCAGAACAACUCACAGCAGCAGAAUAAUUUUCAACAGCGGUUCUAGUAGUUAUAUAGAUUUUAUCACCACUAAUAAGAUCAUAAUAAUAAUAACUUUUUUUAAAGCCGACCUCAAAAGUUCGUGAUAUCACAUCUAUUUGCCAAGUUUUAUUGAAAUCGGUUAACGGAAACUGGGUGAUAUCCAACAAACCGGAAUCAUCACCUAAUAAGCCACCCUUAGAAAUUGAUAUUUUUUCAAAUUUGAAUAGGACGACUAAGGUCCAUCCCCUUUGCAACAAAAAAUAAUCAUCGGAAUCGGUUUACAAAUGUCUGAGUAAUCGCGUAACGUAAAACAAAAAAUACAAGUCUAAUUGAGAAUUGAGAACUGAGAACUCCU